CUGGUCUGUAUGCCAGACGUCGCUCAAGCACUGCACGCACUACGUCCGUCGGUAGUCGCCCUGGCGAACAACCAUAUGCGAACAGAAGGCGACGUGAACGCCGUCUGGAAUGCCCUCAUCAAUGUCUGCUAUAGCUUUCCAGAGUUCACCAUCGCGCCUGAGGGCACCCCCGUUGACGGCGCCUCAGUAAAAGGGACCGUCGACCUCCUCGUCCGUCAGGCGGUUGCACCACGGACGGCCAUUGUGUUCUUCGAGGGAAAGGCGAUUACCGGAGAUUCAUUCAAAUCUAUCCGUACCCAGCUCCUCGGGUAUCUCCGGCAGCUGCCCAACACGCGGACCACCGCUAUAUGGGCCAUUGCCGCUCGGGGGCACUCCGUAGGCAUAUCCGCGGGGUUGAGGCACAACAGCCUGGGGAACCCGGAGUUCUAUCCCCUGUCAUACAGCACGAACACCCAUUUGGUCACAUACGGUAGAGCUGGCGCACCUGACGUAACGUACGACAUGGUCACCCACUAUGACUCCGUUGUGGAGAUACUUAACUUCAUCCGCAACAAUUCGCCGAACACAAACCUUUGAUCGCGAAUGACCUCCACGUACGCUCGCAUACCUUCCAAAUUCCAGUAUUCACACCGCGUUCACAUCGUAUGCCAUGCCAAACUGUUCGAGUCCACAAAAUCCAUAUUUU